AUGGAUGGCAAGUUUAUCGACGUGGAGGCGAAAAGCCUAUACAGCGUCAUCGAGACGUUCGAAAGGAAGAUUGUAAAUUUGUCUUACAUAAAUGAAGAGGUGCUGGAGAAAUUGAACGAGAAAGAGCUGUCAAGCCUACCUGAAGAAUUCUUCACCUACUUUAAGGACAUAAUAAAGCUGAAUAAAUUGUAUGAGCAUACGGAGAUUAUAAAAUGUGAAGAGGAAAUGGAAGUGGAGGAUGGACAGGGGGGAGGCGAACGAGGCGGCGAAGGAGAAGACAAACGAGACGACAAAAAUUACGACGAACGGGAUGACGACGGAGACGACCAACUUGGAGUGCACGGGGAACACCAAGACUUGGUGGACAAAAUUAAAAAGUACUGUUCCUGUUUGUGCAGAAUUUUUGAGAAAAAUGAAAACUUGUCCCCCAUCUUGAAUUCGCUAAGUGAGAAGAAGAGCCACGAUUUUUUUAAGUUCUUGGACAUCGUGAAGGAUUUGAAGGACAUCUUCCUGGUGAAGUUCCAAACGACAGUGGAGGAGCAGCGGAAGCGAAUCGAAAGCCUGGAAGAGUUAAAGGAGGAGGAACAGAGAACACAAAACGAAGAGAAACAACUAAAUGACGAGUUAGAACUUGUUAGGAGAAGAAGUCACGAGGAAUUGAAAGAUCUUCAGAAGAUAUUGAUGACAAAAGAGAAUGAGCUGAACAAUUUGAAGAAGUCCUCUGAGGAGAGCAUAAAGAACUUGCUAGAUCAUAUGCCUGUAAAUAACCUCACAGAGGAUUUGGAAAAUAUCAAUGCCUUGCUCGACAAAACGAAGAAUGUGUAUGAUGAUCAGAUUAGGACAUACCAAGACUUAGAGGUCAACUUGGUGAAAAAGAACGUCCUAAUUGAGCUAGAUAUUCAGAAUUACAUCGAAUCGAUUGAGGCGGAGAUUGAGGAGAUGGAUAAAGAAAUCCAACUCUGGGACAAGAAACUGAGAGAAAACAAAAUUAUCGACAUAGACCUGGACGCCACAAUGGUGAAGAAGAAAGUCGAAGUAGAAGAGAAAAAUUUUUUAAAAGAACUGACAGACAAAAGGAGAAACAUCCUUAUGAAAAGAGAAAAUGAAGACAACGAAGCGGCCACGAUUAUUCAGGCGUACAUCAGGGCGACUACGCUUUCCUGCAUCCGCCGCGCCCAACCCGAACCGCUUCCCCCCCCCCAAUCUGCCAAAAUGAACGACGUGGAUAUAGAGGACUACCACAGGAAUAUCCUCCAAGAGCUGAACGCAGUUGAAGAGGAGGGGGAAAUAUCCUUGUCUAUAUUUCUAAACGACUUAAUAGAUAUCGACAUCGAAUCGAAUUUUAACUUCAGCUAUCAAGUGAUCAGUCGGGUGAUGCAAAUAUGUGUAAACUCGCUAAACAGGAAUUUGAUCACACUAGCAGAUGCAUGCAUGCACUUUAUGCGUUACAGCAUUAGUAGGUGCCUAAAACUGGAGGAAGAGAUUAAUCAAUCCUUCUUCGACAGUAUAAACACGAUCGUGAAAAUAUGUCUUAAUAUGAAAUACUUCAUCGACAACAGAUCUUUGUUGUUUCAAAGAGGAUUUUUAUCCUUCAUCAUCGAGUUAGAUAAAAGUUCACCAAAUUUCAUGAUUCUAUGGAAAGGGUACAAAACGGAGAUGUGUACAUUUCUGCCCUCCCUACUGCAUCUCAUUUCCUUCCACUUAACUCUCCUAAAUGAUGUUUUAAAAGAAUUCAAAAAAGAUGAACUAACCUGUAACAGCUACAUGCAGGUGGGAUGCUCAAGAAUUAAGAUCAUCGAAAUUGCCUUCAAUUUGCUCUUGAAAAUAUUUAAAGAGAUCAAAGAAAUUCCCUUCAUUUCGUCGCUCAUCGAUUAUGUCAACCUCAUUGUGGAUACUUACGACCACAUACCAGACGUAGAAAUCAAGAAGAAGAUCUUAUCUCUGUGCAGAUGUUUGUAUAGCAGCAACUGCGAUGGGAGUAAGACCCAUUUGGCUUCCCUCCCAGGAGUGACCAAUUUGCUAAGCAGAAAGAGGAACAACUAUUUGGCACUAACCAAGGAGAAAGACAUAAACAUGGGCUACCUGAGAAACUGUUCCUAUAUCUAUGUCUCCGAGAGUCACCUCUUCAUCAGCACAUUUAGCGCCAGUGGGGGGGAGCGGCCAAACGGGACAGACAGGACAGACGGGACAGAUGGGACAAACGGGACAAACGGGACAAAUGGGUCAACUGUCCGCAUCAACUAUGGGGAUACCCCCCCACACCAGGGUCAUGGGGUUUCCCCCACCAGUCCGAAGGAGAAAGUCAUUUUGACUCCCAACGGUUUCAGGGGAUGUCUUCUGCUGAACUUCUUCUACGCCUACUUUUACAACACCCAGAACAAGUUGCUCAUCGUUUUGUGCUACGACCAAGUGAAGGUGCGGAAGGACUCACGGGGGAAGAUGCUCGUUUUUCGUUGCUCGCGGAUGGACGCGCUGGGUGCACUGUCAAACAAGCUACGGACACAGUACGAAGGCCGCCUCCUGGACCACAUAGAGAUUUGCGUCAAGUUCCGUUCGGAAUCGAUUAAGAAUAAAAUGUUUGAUGUAAUCGCGGAGGUAAUUUCGAUUGACAGUAACGAACCUGACGAUGGUGAGGAGGUGAAGGAGGAGUCGGAUGAGACCUGUCUUCGGAAAGGGGCUCAGCACGAGACAAAGCUGAAAGGAGACAACAAGAGUGCGAAUAGUUUCUCCGAGGAUGACAACGACUCAGACAGUCGCACCAACUGUGUCAGUGCGGACGAAAUAAUAGAAGAAGAAAAAUUGGAACGCAGGAAAGUAAGCUUUGCCUCGAUGAAGGAAAUAUACCUAAUGGAUUAUCGCACAUCGAUGAGAACGAAAACGUUACUCCUGGAUGAGUCCCUAAAUGAGAUGGACAGACACGACGACGAGGGGGGGCUCUCCGAUUUGACGGCUGAAGAGGAUAGGAAGGUUCCUAGUGCUCCGGAGGAAGAAACUAGUUGCCCAAGCGUCGGUAAGGCCAGCACAUUAGGAGGGAUCCUUCCGGAGGAGGGAGGGGGCACCAGCCAUGCAUAUGCAGUAAAUGAAGCCGGGUGGGUGAUCGAGGCAGAUGACACCCUUGACCCCGAGGGGGGAGAUGGUGGCGAAUCACUUGGAGGAAUGCCCACAAAGGUGAGCUACGCAACGACGAAGGAUUUGGAGCACACGGAGGGUGUAGAAGACGAGGUGGCUAUUCUUGAGGAUGACGAAUUGUUUGGGGAAAACCCAUUCCGCAGUGUUCUGUCAGAGAGGAGGAAAAACCUCGGUGAAGGGGGUCAACUGCCAAAUGGCCAACAGAUAUACCAAAUGAAGGACACCAAAAGGGUGAAAGAAGAAAGCGGAGGUGAGGAUCCACAGGACGAGUUCCUCAUUCUGUCGGAUAUGGACAAAUUGCGUGAACAAGUCUGCAUUGGGGAAAGAAGUCAAGGCGGGGAGCAUGAUAAUGAUAAAGACCACGUUGACGUGGGGAGCCACCCAGGGGAAGCAAAUGAGAAAACUUCUGGAAGUAUACACCAGAUACGUUUAGAAAAUGAUGGGACGAAGCUACUACUCAGUGAGCCUGUAACAAAAUUGGAAGAGGGCAAGGAAGGUUCAAGAGAGAAGAACAAAUCGGAUGUUAGCUACCACCCGAAGAGGAGCUACAGCCAUGGCAACAUUCCCCAGGGGAAGGAAAGAGAAAGGAGAAAAAAUUGCCCUCCUUACGAUAUAAAAGAAUUUAUGAUGAAAAAUGGGAUUGAUGAACACGUGGGAGAGGAAAAGAGAAGUCCUAGAUGUGAUCCUUUAGAAAGCUUCCUCACGGGUGAUCCGUGGAAAGGAAGCAGUCAUAGGGGUGGGCAGAGCAUCCUCAAGUCGCCACCCGAAAUCGUUAAGAAGUUACUCAGCUAUGACGCGAAAGAGAAACACGUUGAUCAGUGCAUACAAAGUUUGGCAAAGCCACAAGGGAACGGCACCCCUAGGGGGAGGCAGCGGGGGGACCUACAAAGGCAUUUACACCGCGUUGAUCACAGAGUGAUGCACAAUCGAGAAGAAGGGGACAGGGCUAGACAAAGGGUAAAGGAAGAAGAGAGUAAGAAGGGAAGCGGUCACAUUAUAGAGGAAAGGCCAGGCUAUCAAGCGGAUGGCCCUGUAAAUUUGGACAAAACGGACACUCCGAGCGAAGAGAACCCUUCGGUUGCAGCGUGCCAAAGUGGAAGAAGACACGACGAGGGGGAGACGGGGGAAUACUCCGAAGUGGUGAACAUUGAGGGAGAGGACGAAGCGAGUAACGAAAUGAUCUCAAGUGACUACCUGGUGGGGGGAGAAAUGGACGGCGGGGGAAGCAGAACCAGCAUUCGCAGGGACGGGAUAUGCAGAGACGGCACUUGCACAGAUGCCAGUUGUAGAGACGGAAGUUGUAGAGAGGGCAGUUGCAGGGACAGCAUCUGCAGGGAGCCCCGUCGCACGAAUGAGGCCUUCAGAAACUCCGCAGUGAAAGGAACACACCACAUCGACAAACCCAGCUCAAAUUGCAAAAGUAAAAAAAGAAUCGCAACGAAUGAAGCCAACACAGCGAACGGAGCAGCAUGCCCCAUGAACGAUUACGCAGCAAAAAAUAACCACCCAGAUUCGCCUUAUCCAGUGAAAAAAACAAAAUAUAAUUACCAUGACCCAAAACUUUUGAACUUGCUAAAAAAUGAAGAAAAUUUGGACAAGUUAAGUGCUAAAUAUUUGAUUAAGGCUUAUACAAUAAUUCAGUAUAACCGCAGAAACACACACAUACAGAUAGCGGAUUGUUUCCGGAGCGUUAGGAAGGAAAUUACCACAUCGUUUGAUCUCAUUAACAAAAAGUACUCAGCUUGGUUAAAAGAACUGCAACUGAAAUUUGCUGGGAGACUUGAGGGGAUUGUUUCAAGGCACUCAUAUAUGCUCCUGCUUAAUAAGAGGCGAACUGGACAAAUUAAUGUGGACACACUUCCCAUUCCUAUAGACCUCCAAAUUAUUUCCACGAAAAUAAAUACACUGCAGGACACGCUUAACAUAGUGCAAAGAACUAUGGAGGAUAAGAUUAAGAAUUUGCAGAUUUUGAUGGCGUACAAGGAGAGUGAUGUGUAUACUUCGUCCCUUUCGCUGAACACUCUGCUGUCCCGCUGUUCCACGCAGCGCCUAAGGGAGGGCGCCGGCGACGAGCAAGGCGGGGGUGCCCAGCAAAGCGGCGGUGAGAAGUGA